AUGACUUCGUACGACCCACGAGUGAAAGUAAAACGAAAUCAAUCGGUGUUUUCAGCUCUUACCGCACUUUUACCAAGCGGGACAUUCUCAUUUGCAAACUUCACAUCUCACGAUAGAUUAAACUACGAUCAUCACGUGAAGCACGUCCGUUGCGAAUGUGAUGGUGCACUAGUACCACCGCGUGGAGACUCACCUUCACCUAGACCUUUCUUUCACCGUGCAAGAGGGGAUUUGUAUAUAAAAGGUCUCUUCUGAGUAGCAAUGGCAUCAGAAACCACAAUUUCACUUGCAUACUCGCUUAUGUUACUGGCUCUAGUAGCCUUGACAGUUUCCAGCGUAUACUCGAGAGAAACAAAGGGAGAUAAACGACCAUUGAGACCGCCACCUAAAGGCAAGCGUGGUAUAUCCGACUAUUCCGGAGGCUACUCAUCCGGAGGAUCAUCCUACAGUUCUCCCCUUCAUUCGAGUCUAAGCUCUGGAUACAGCGGAGGAUCCCUAGGAGGAUCCUUGGGAGGAUCCUUAGGAGGAUAUUCCCUGGGACAUUCAGCGGGUAUUCAAAGUCUCGGAGGUGGUUCCUUGGGACAUGGCUCCUUGGGAGGAUACUCCCUAGGAUCUGGAGGACUCGGUCUCGGCUCUGGAUUUGGCCACAAUUUGGCCAGUCUUCAAGGACUCUCUCUAGGUGGACACUCUCUCGGCCAAUCUUCCUACUCUGGCGCAAGUCUGGGUUCUCUUGGCGGAGGAGCGAGCGUUGGAUUGUUCACUCCAUCGUCGAAGAAUGGACCGGUAACAUUUGGCAGUCAGGGAGGCGGCAGUUCUGGCUCUAGCAGCUAUUCUACUCCAGCGUACGCAACAGGAGUUCACGGUCUGUCGUCUUACUCGGGAGGUGGAGCAUCCAGCAUCAGCCUUCCAGCGAUGUUAGGAUCAGGACACAGUUCCUCGUACGGUUUGCCUGCAGCUUCUUUGGGUUCGUUAGGUAGUUCCUCAGGCCACAGCCUUCCACUCCAAUCCAUCUCCUCCGGUUCGUCCUAUCCUGCGAGCGGAGGUCUGGUAAUCGACACAGGAUCCCUUGGAAAAGGUUCUUCCUCCGGCUACAGCCUCCCUGUUUCUUCCUCUCACAGAGGACCUUCCAUUAGUCUGUCCAGUUCAAGCGGCGGUUCUAGCAGCUACUCUCUCCCAAUCUCCUCAGGAUCUCACGGGAUAUCUAGCCUGUCCUCCAACUCUGGCGGAUCAGCUAGCUACAGCCUACCAGUCUCUUCUGGGUCGUCUGGUGGCCACAUAGGCCUGUCCAGUGGAUCCUCCGACAGUUCUAGCUAUUCUCUUCCUAUUUCCUCCGGCUCCUACUCCUCUGGAUCCUCUAAUUACAUCCCGUCUUCUUCCGACGGGUCAUCCUACGCCUCUGCCGAUAGUUCUAGUUACUCGAGUCCCUCCUCCAGCUAUUCCAGUCCCAUUUCGAGCUAUUCCAGUCCGAGUUCAAGUUACUCUGGAUCCUCCAGCGGAUAUUCCUCAAGCUACCCCGCUCCUUCCACGUCGUACGGCACUCCCGUGGAGUCCCAUGGUUCCUACUCGAAUCUGAGCCCCAGGUACGUUGCGUAUCCCGCUUCGAAAAGUUACGACAGCUCCGGCAACAAAUACGACACGAUCUCUUACUCCAGUCCUAGUGGGAAAUAUUAA